UUUUGACUCAUCCAACAAUCUGCCCACCUCACCCUCUUAAUACCAUCACUCCCUGUGUCGGUAAUCUUAAGAUUCGUCCCAGGCUGUAGGCCAUACCGACUUCAUGUCUCACUCACGCAAUCCCUCCAAGGCUGAACUUCCCACAAGGGAGAAGGAGGAACAGCCAGCAUCCGCCGAUAAGCCUACACCCAAGGAAAAGAAGCCCAAACCAAACAAACCCGUUGGCAAGCCAGAAGCCAAAUUGCCCCAAGCCAAAGCCGCAGGCGGAGGCGGAAAGUCCAAGAAGAAAGAGGGCGCAGCCUUGAUUGGUAUCGAUGUCGAGAAAGAGAAGGACUUUCCUGAUUGGUAUCAACAAGUCUUGACCAAGGGAGACAUGCUUGACUACUAUGACAUUUCAGGGUGCUACAUUCUCAAGCCUGCAUCUCAAUUCAUCUGGGAUGAGGUUCGUGCCUGGUUUGACUCUAGGAUCAAGAAGAUGGGCGUCAAGAACUGCUCCUUCCCAUUGUUCGUGUCGGAGGAUGUCUUGACCAAGGAAAAAGAUCACAUCGAAGGUUUUGCAGCUGAAGUCGCAUGGGUCACCCACGGCGGUAGCACCAAGCUCGACAAGAAAAUCGCAAUCCGACCGACCUCCGAGACCGUCAUGUACCCAUACUACGCCAAAUGGAUCCAGAGUUAUCGAGAUCUACCAUUGAAGCUGAAUCAAUGGAACUCGGUUGUGCGAUGGGAGUUCAAGAACCCUCAACCUUUCCUUCGUACGCGGGAGUUCCACUGGCAGGAAGGCCACACUGCUCAUCUGACGGAAUCCGACGCGGGCAAAGAGGUCCUUGAAAUCCUUGAUCUCUAUGCCAGCGUCUACGAGGACCUGCUUGCUGUUCCCGUCAUCAAAGGUCGCAAGACUGAGAAGGAAAAGUUUGCGGGAGGUUACUACACUACUACGGUCGAAGGAUACAUUCCAGCCACCGGACGUGGUAUCCAGGGAGGCACUUCGCACUGCUUGGGUCAAAACUUCAGCAAAAUGUUCGGUAUCAGCGUCCAGGACCCCAAUGCAAAGACGGAGGAAGAGAAGAAGAACAACCUGUUUGUCUGGCAGAACUCUUGGGGCUUGUCCACUCGAGUCAUUGGUGUCAUGGUCAUGAUUCACUCGGACGAUCGUGGACUGGUCCUGCCACCGCGGGUGGUGGAAACCCAGGUGGUGAUUGUACCAGUUGGCGUGACCGCCAAGACCACGGACGAGGAGCGGGAGGCCUUGUACAAAGAGAUCGAAGGAUUGAAGGAAAUACUCAAGGCUGUCAACGUCCGAGUUGAAGCUGACUUCCGUGAAGGAUACUCUCCAGGGUACAAAUUCAACGACUGGGAGCUGAAGGGCGUUCCUCUCCGACUUGAAUUUGGACCUGGCGAGAGCAAGGGUCACUUUCUUACCACUUCGAGACGAGAUCUUCCCAAAUCCGAAGGCAAGGGCCAGAUUGCCAUCAGCGAACUCAACACUGCCGUGCCUGAAUUGCUGGAGACCAUUCAGAAGGACCUGUUUGCUCGAGCCGACGCCACAUACAAAUCUCACAUCAAGAAGAUCACCAACUGGGAUGAGUUUGUUCCGGCAUUGAACGACAAGAACGUGAUUCUUCUUCCAUCCUGCUUGACCGAAAAAUGUGAAGAUCAGAUCAAGGAGCUUAGUGCACGCAAAGCCGAGGAGCAGGCCGGUGUACCUGAAGACGAGCGUGCCCCCAGCAUGGGUGCAAAGAGUCUCUGCAUUCCAUUCGACCAACCUGAGGGAAUUGAAAAGGGAGUGACGCCAUGCGGAAACCCCUUCUGCUCCAACAAGGCUGAGGCAUGGUGUUUGUUCGGACGAUCAUACUAGAAUCGCUAGAGAACGGAGGUGCUGAUGAAUAGAAGUGAGCAAGAUGACAUGAGAUGAGUUGACGAUACCAAAGCAAAGAUAAAGUCACAGGGGACGACGAUUCAAGGACUCUGAGAAAGAUGCAAUUGAUUGAUUGGGACUAUCACGAGUCCAAAUCAAGUAGCGACUGAGUGCGUCCAUGUGCAACCAAUUGGCUAUUUCGACCAAACAAAUCAAAGGCAUAUCAUUUCAUGCUGCCUGACCGUCAAUUCGUUCAAUGUGCAUCAUGGGUGGUGAUUUCAAUGAUUGGUGGGAGAUAAAAAAGGAGCAACAGGUCAAAGAUUCGCCAGCAGCGUCGGUGCGUCGGUGCGCUAGACAUGUACUUCCAGUAGGUACUAGGCAGGUAGAAAAGGCGUGCAAGCCUCAGACUUGUAUGGACC